UCGGCUACGGCAAUCUGUGCCGUAAACUCCGUUCUGGUAUGUGUUUGGAGGCGGACAUGGAGGCCACUGCGGCUGAGACAAUUUCCCAUCUCACUUGCUCCAACUUUCCCUCGUGUUUGUGUGCCAGUCACCCGUUUCGUCGUAACCACAUCACGCUCGUUCCAAUGCCAUCAUGACGCCGCGCCAAUUGCGCGUUGUCGCUGUUUUCUGCGCCAUCGCGGCGUUCUGCCUGCUGCUGCGCAACUUUGCUGUGGAUCGCGAGUCCUGGACGUCGCGUAAUGGUGCGCCGGUGCGAUCAGGGGGUAGCGUGGUGCAGCCGGCAUUCGAGUUCGUCCCAGAGGACCCAAUCUUUGAUCGGCCAGAAAAGAUUGCCGAGGGCCCAGCACCACAAGAGAAUGUGGAACAAGCCUUGGAGACGCCUGUAUCUCCGGUCCCAGCGGAGACGUCAAUUACAGAGCCGGAUACCCCCCAGGAAGCAUCACCAAAUCCCAACAAUCCAGGGACUGAGGAUGCGGAACCAGACGAGGCACCUCAACCACCCUUGAGGCCGGAAGAGUCCCCAACUCCUCGGCCAGACACCAAAGUGUCAUUUGCUGUCCCCGACGACUUUGACUGGUCGCGGUUCGCGUACGUUCAGUAUGUCACGGACCCAGCGUACCUCUGCAACUCACUCCUCAUCUUUGAGUCUUUGGCUCGCCUGGGGUCCAAACCAGCCCGCCUCAUGCUGUACCCGACGCAUAUGCUGCCUUCUCCCGAUGCUCCCUCAGCAGAGAACUUGGACGGCAAGCUCCUCAUCAAGGCGAGGGAAGAGUACAACGUGACGCUGAAACCCAUCAUGAUCCAGCACAAAGAUGGCGAAGACGAGACAUGGGCCGACUCGUUCACGAAGCUGCUUGCCUUCAACCAGACGCAGUACGACAGGGUGCUGACACUGGACUCGGAUGGCACCAUCCUGCAGCCGCCGGACGACCUCUUCUUCAUGCCGCAUGGACCUCUGGCUCUGCCGCGGGCGUACUGGUUGUUGUCUGCGGAUCCGCCAGAACACACACUCGCUUCCCAUGUGAUGCUCAUUGAGCCUUCCAUGUAUGAGUUUGACAGGAUCCACGAGCAAAUACAUCUCGCAGGAGAGAGGGAAUACGACAUGGAGAUCAUGAACAAGCUCUACGAGAACUCGGCCAUGGUCCUCCCGCAUAGGGACUAUGCCAUGCUCACCGCUGAGUUUCGCAACGAGAACCAUCGGGAUUACCUGGGCAGCGACGAAGCAUGGGAUCCCGUUGCGGCUCGGGACGCGGCCAAGUAUGUCCAUUUCUCGGACUGGCCGGUGCCUAAACCAUGGGUGCGAGUGGAUGAUGAGGUUCAGGCAUUGCGGGAGGAGUACCAGCCAACGUGCGUGUCAGUGGACGGGCGUGAGGAUUGCGCGGCGCGCAAGAUCUGGAACGAGUUGUACGAUGACUUUGCCAAGCGAAAAGAGGUUUGCCGCACUUUCGAAGAUGUGUUGAGAAGGUCAUGCUAACAAUCCUGGUAGGCGAUAUGCCGACUUGUUUGAGAGGACAUGGAGAUCUGCGUACUGAGUGAGCUUGCCUUGCCUUACCGCUUUGAGUUCGACGCCGACUUGAUGCUAAAGAUUUGCGAAAAGGGGUCCAAGACGCAUCGCAUCGUCUAGCGCGAGAUCUGCGAAAUUUAAUGCCAUGAUGAUUGACACAAGAACUGAGGCGAUUGCGUUGCAAGCUUGCAACCCGCCAAGGCCAGCUGAAGAGUUAAAGGGCGCCUCGAGGUGUAAUCCAGUGUACUUACUCCGUGAUGCAGUUUCACCCUCGUAUUAUACACGUGCUAGCCUCAACUGCUAGGGACUGGAGAACUGAGAGCUAAGGUCAGGUACAUAACGCUAGAGGCCAGAGCUACCGUCAGGCCUAGACCCUUUCCACCUAACCUACAGG